AUGAAGAGGUACAGAAAUAGAAGGAAUAUAACUAUUAAAAGGGAAAUAGUUGAAAAAAAAAAUAAAUUUUGUCAAAGCUUUGUAAAUCUCGAAAAAAAGUAUAUUUUGGAUUGUUCACAUGGGUAAACCAGAAGAAUUAGUUGUUAUUGUGAUGAAUUUGGAUAAAUGAAUAAAUUCUAGAUUAGAUUCAAAAACAUUUUGCCUGAAUUCAAAACUAAGCAAUCAAUUCAUGAGAUUGAGAUGAGAGAAAAAAGAAGAAGGCAAACUCAACUAAUGGAAGAUGUGGCUAUUCUCAAAUUUAGAAGAGGAAUCCAAGAUAAUAGUAAGAGCAAAACGAUAGUCUAAACAUUAAAAAUGCUCAAGACAUCCAAUUAGGAAUUUGAUGAGAUAGUGAAGUAAAUAAAAUAGCCGUCCAAUGUUGAUUACAUAAAGAGAAGACGAAGAUAUAGUUGUUAUUGUGCUUAAUGUGGGAAAAUGAGUGAAAAAUAAAUCAGACAUUAAAAUGAUCCAUUUUUUGACAAAUUUAAUAAGUUUUUAUAAUAAAUAAAAAACUAAAGCAGUACAUCAAGAAGACAUAAGUUUUAAGAUAAACUAAAAUCUCAUAUUUCAUAAGAAAACAUCAAAAUAUCAUAUGUAAGUUAAAAUAAGUCGCCUAUCAACAAAUAUAAAUCUGUCUCGAGAACUACUAAAUUACUUCUAGAAUAAUCACAAACCAAGAUAUUUUAGUACAAUUAAAGAUAUUCGGCAUUUCCAUCUCAUAGAGUUAAAACUGAACCAACAUAAUCAUCACCUCGAUCCUUUAAAUUAUAUCCAAUUCAACUCAACAAAUUAAGAUAGGGUUAAUCAACAUAUAAAUCAAUUCAUCUAAAAGAUAGUUUCAAGACGCUAGCUAGCAUCUAUAGAUGA